AUGUUCGGGCCGAAAGGGCUGCUCCUCGCCGGGGGCCUCCUCGCCGGCCGCUUCAUCGUUGGAAAGAUUCGAGGCGGCAAUGCAGAGGACGAGAGCGAGGGCACGCAGACGCCGGACCGCAACUCCAGCGCCGGAGCAUCCGAGCCGCAUGCCGCGGCCCACGCCGAGCGCCUCGAAGCCGAGCGCGCCGCCGCCGCCGAGGCCCUCGCGGCGGAGCGCGCCGCGCGCGAGGCCGCGGAGCGCCGUGCGCGUGACGCGGAGCGCAUCGCAGAGCAGCGUCUGAAAGCGGAGGCAGAGCGGCGGGCGCGCGAGCGCUCCGAGGCGGAGGCGCGCGAGGUCGCGGCCCGCGCGGAGGCCGAGCGGCGGGCGCGCGAGGAGCGCGAGGCGGCCGCGGCAGCCGCGGCGAAAGCGGAAAAAGCCCUGAGAGAACAAGCCGAGCUCGCGGAGGCGGAGCGGAGGGCCGCGGAGGAGCGGAGGGCGCAGGAGGAGGCGCGGCGGGCGGCGGAGGCGCAGGCGGCGCAGGCGGCGCGGACGGCGCAGGCGGCGGCGGCGGCGGUGCUGGGCGACCCGGAUCCGGGCGCGAGCGACCACAGCGCGGCGUCCGGGGCGCUUCCGGACGCGGAGCUCCUCGACAGGCUCCGCGCGGGCGCGUCCCUGCGCGCGAACGAGCUGCAGGUGCUCGCUGGGUCGCAGCGGUCCCCCACGGCCUCGAGCGGCGGCGAGGCGAGCGCGACCGAGCGCGACGAGGCGGAGCGGCCGCCGCUGAUCGCGGAGGGGCAGGGGAAGGUCGAGAAGCGGCUGCUCGAGGCGGCGGAGAUGGGGUCGGUGCGGCGAAUCGUCGUUGCUGUCAAGGUCCAUCACGCAGACGUGAACACGCAGGGGCGCGACGGGCUGGGCGGGCUGCACUUGGCGGCGCGCGAGGGGCACGUGGACGCGGUGGCUUGUCUGCUGUCGCUCGGCGCGAACGCGGACGUCGCCGACGAGCAGGGCCGCACCCCGCUCAUGUGGGCGGCCGAGGAGGGGCACGACGCCGUCGUGAAGCUCCUGGCCGGCGCCGGCGCGAGCCUGACGGCCACGGACAACAACAACCGCUCCGUCGCGCACGUGUGCGCGCAGAACGGCAACCUCGGCGUGCUGCGCACCCUCGUGGAGGAGCGCGGGCUGUCCGUCGCAAGCAUUCCGGCGCCGCCGGUGGCCGAGUACAUCGUGACGACGGCGUGCCGCGCGGGGGCCGCGGACGUGACGGCGUACCUCGUGCAGCAGCAGCGCAUGUCGCCGAACGUGCAGGAGGGCGACGGGACGGGCCCGCUGGCUGCCGCGGCCGUGCACAGCAGCGAGGGUUGCGUGCGGGCGCUGCUCGAGGCCGGCGCGGACGUGAACAUCGCGGACAAGCUCGGCGCGACGCCCGCGAGCCUCGCGGCGCGCCACGGCAACGUCAACAUCCUGCGCAUCCUCAUCGACCGCGGAGCAAAGCUCAACACGCAGGACGCGGUGCGCGGGUGGACGCCGCUGCACAACGCCGUCGCGGCGCGGCACUCGGACGUCACGAUCCUCUCCGUCCUCGUCGAGCGGUGCCCCGCGCUCCUGCAAGCGCAGGACAGCGAGGGCCUCACGCCGCGCGCGCUCGCAGACAUGCUCACGCACUUCGACGCCUCGCACUUCCUCCGCGACAAGGAGCGCGCCAAGGGCAUCGGCCAGGACGACCCCGCCGACUCCAAGCGCGCCAUGCUCGCAGGCAGCAUGGCAUCGCAGCCCGUCAAGUCCAUGAGCUUCAACCUGCGGAGCCAACAGCGCGCGGGCAUCUCGAGCACCGCGCUGCGCAACCGGCAGCUCGGCCUCGAGGGCGAGGACGCCGGCCCGGAGAGCCCGAGCCAGGUGCGGACAUUCGUCGAGGACGCCGCGAAGGCCGGCGACGGCGCGGCGAAGGUGCCGCUGAUGGGGCGGCUGCAGUCGCUCAAGGGGUCGGACUUCGCGGCGCGCGCGGCCGCGGCGCCGCAGGACGGCGAGAGGCGGACGAGCACGGACAGCGUCGGCAGCCAGGGCCACGUUAUGGCGCUGGGACGGAAGAAGGCCCUCGCCGCGCUGAGUUUCCGGAGGACGAGCGGCGCGGGGGGGUCGCGGCCGCUGCCCGGGCGCGCGGCGACGGUGGCCACGGGCGGCGUGACGUGGCGCACGGGCCUCGACCACCAGCCGCUCGUGGCGUUCGGCGGACGGGCCGUCAUCCCCGACGUCAACCCCGUCGAGCGGAUGCUCCGAAAGUACUCCACGAGCCACCGCCUGAUCAAGUCGAACCAGCUGAAGUCGGCGCUCAAGGGCGUCAAGCACGACGCCGACAAGGAGGAGGAGGCGCGCAAGGCCGCGCUGUCGCAGCGCCGCGCCCAGGACUCUGCGCACACCGCGCACUCCAAGGGGAGUUUGACGGCGGUGCCGGAGGACGCGCAGGCCGCGCUCGCGCCGCUGUCCGAGGGCGAGGAGGACUGGGAGGACUCGGACAUGGAGCACAGCAAGCACGCGCGCGACGUGGGCGUCGACAAGGAUGGGACGGCGCUGACGUCGCCCGGAGAGGAGGAUGCGCUGGGCCGGGACGCGCACCCGGACGCGGAGACGCGGACAGGGCCCGUGCCGCGGCGGCGCGCCAAGUCCCCGCCUGCGCGGCCGUCGGACGGGGCGCCGGACAGCGACGAGGAGGACGGGAUGGUGCCAACACUGGGGAAGCAGGCGGCGGCGGCGGCGGCGGGGGGUGACGAGGAGAGCGACGACGAGGAGGUGCCGCUGUUCAUGUCGCCGCUCGCGAGGCGGGUGAGCAUGCAGGCGACGUCGAUGCAGGCUGCCCUCGCGAAGAAAUGA